AUGAAAGUGACGUCGUGGCUUACCUUAGCCAGCUGGGUAGCCGCAGCGCCGAUGGCGCCGGCAAAGCGCAGCGGCAAGGUGCUCUCUUUACCGGUAUCCGUCAACCGCGCCGACGCCAAUCUCGUCACCGUCCUGGCCAACCACGCCGCCGGCGACCCUGCCAGUGUUGCUGACGCCGAUGCUGCCAACGCCGUGGUCUCAGAUCUCGCCGAUAUCGGCACUUUGAGGCUCUACCUGGUGCGGCUUGCCAUGGGGUCUAAAGGUGAGGAAUUUGACUGCUACCUCGACACGGGGCUGAGCGACAUGUGGGUGAAAGAAGUGGUGUACAACCUGAAUGAGCUGCUGCUGGCCGUCGACUUGGGCGAGCCGUUCCAGAUCCGCUACGUCGACGGGCUGGGGGCCGAGGGCGACUACGUCACCGAUACCGUGGUGUUCAACGGCGUCAGCGUGCCCAAAUUCCAGUUUGCCAACGUCCACACAAUCACCAACGAAAAGAACUCAAUCAAUGCGUUGAUGGGCGUGGGUAAGAAGGAGCUUGAGCGCACGCCAAACAAGUACAAUAACUUCCCCUGGCACCUACGCAAUCUGGGGAUCAUUAAUCGAGCUGCCUACGCCUUCUACGCCCACCUGGGUAUCCCCGAUAGCGGUACCAUCUUAUUUGGAGGCAUUGAUACUGCUAAAUUUGAUGGUGAUCUAGUGGUGGUGAAACUGGACGACCCCAAGAUCUUCACGGUAAACCUUGAGGCAAUCACCUUUGCCGGUAAACGGAGAACAGUGAAUCUGCCGGUGCUCUUUGAUACCGGUAACACUUACUCCUACGCCGAUAACGACACUGUCGAUGCCCUUGCCGCUUCGUUUGCCGGUAGUGAGCGCGUGUCCGAUAAGUACUACUACGUCGACUGCCAGCAGACUGGAGACGUUGGGUUUACGUUUAACGGCGUCACCAUUAGUCUCCCGAAAUCUCAAUUGGUGCGGAAAUUGAAUACUAAGUGUGCGUUGGCGUUCGUCAGAGGACUCCAACAGGGCCACUGGGUGAUUGGCGGCACUGUCCUUCCUGGGUUCUAUACAGUGUUUGACUUAGAGGAGCUGACGAUCUCGCUCGCCAAGGCCAAGUACACUCAGGCGUCCAAUGUUGAGGAAAUGACGCCAUUCCAGGGGAAUCCACAGCCGUCAUCUACGCCGGAACCGCUGCCCCAACCACUGCCUCAACCUCUGCCUCAGCCACUGCCUCAACCUCUGCCUCAGCCACUGCCUCAACCUCAGCCACUGCCUCAACCUCAACCGCUGCCUCAGCCGCUGCCUCCACCAAUCCCCAAUACUAAUGAUCCCUUCACUAUAGACGCUGACGGUACCGUCACCUUUGCCGACGGCUCCAAGGGUAAAAAGAACCCCGACGGGUCCAUCAGCACCGACGACGGCUACACCAUCAACACUGAUACCUCCGUCACCUUCCCCGAUGGCUCCGUCCACCACCCUGAUGGCUCGAUCACCGGGCCUAACCAACCUCCUCCGUCCCCUCCGCCUUCCCCUCCUCCUCAUCAAGGCGGUUCCCAGCCCCCUCCCAACCAGGGAGGCUCAGGGGGUGGAAGUGGUAGUGUGCAGACAAUCACCGAAGAACAGGUUGGCCAGUCUCAACAGGGGAGCACGUUGCCGUGGCCAUUUUCAUACAUGCAAGACUCGUGGGAGCGAGUGAAGAGUGGCUACAUCAACUGGCGCGACCAGGCGUUCGGCGGCAACAGUAUCUUGGGGAUUUUGUAA